CUCCUUGUUUCUCGCACGUAACGUCGUUGUCCGUCUUUGUUCGACUCGCGCCAACGUCAGGUCAGUAACGAUACAGCAUUUCACCAAAUGUUCAGUGUUAUACUGACUACGCGUUGGAGUAGACAUUUGUGCAUAUAGUGAGUGAGAUUUUGUGAAAAUGUUGUCCAGUUCUAUACUGGGUAUCCUUCUGGGGACACUCUUACUUAUUACUUCGGUUCCCGAUGCAGCCUCAUACACUAAGUAUGGAAGGACAUGCAAGGACAUCGGUUGCAGGAGGGAUGAGGUCUGCGUGAUGGCCGAGGAUCCUUGUUCAAUCUACCAACGAGAUAACUGCGGUCGUUAUCCGACUUGUGCAAAAGCUCAUCCAGGCGGUGCUAGUUGCGCAAGCACUAUAUGCGGGGAAAAUGAAUACUGCAAAACCGAAAAUGAUGCCCCGACGUGCGUGAAAAAAUCAACGGCAGUUGGAUACGAUUCGGCGGGCGUUUCUUACGUAAACGGACAGCGAACCAACAACGACGAGAAUCACGAUAAGACCAGCAACAGCGCUAGCAAUUCGAACCCAUACGCGAAUGCUAAUGCACCCCCGGCUCCUGCUGAUCCAGCAGGAGGAUACCAUCAAGUGAAUUCUGGCAGCAAUUUGGGUUAUCCAGCAUAUCCCAGUAACAGCGCUUCUAACAGCGGUUCUAACAGCGGAUAUCCGCCUUAUCCCUCAUCGAACCAAGGAAAUCGGCAACAAGAUUUAGGAUAUCCGCCGUAUCCAACGCACAACAGAAUGCCAGUGCCUGGACAAGCCUAUCCCGCUAGACAACCUGGUCAAUCCAAUUAUCCUACUUAUCCAGGACAACCUGCUUAUCCAGCGCCGCCAGGAUAUCCUCAACAAUAUCCCGGAUACCAGAAUUAUCCUAAUGCGAAUUAUCCUAAUGCGAAUUAUCCCAAUGCGAAUUAUCCUAAUCAGAAUCGUAUGUACCACAAUAAUGUGCAUUCUGGUUAUCGAAGAAAUAACGCCAUCAUGCAUUCUCCGUCCUUAAUGAUUAUCUAUUCAGCAAGUCUUAUCAUGGUAUUGGUGAAUAGAUUAUCAUUGUAUCCAACACCAAGACCAGGAAAGAUUAGACCAACUCCACCUACUCCACCACCGAGAUCUUCUCCCAGUGGUUACGGUGGAAGAGUCAGCGGUAACUCGGGAUCCAGAAACACUAUUGGAAGUGGUUCUAUUUUUAACCGUUUGUUCGGGAAUGAUUAUGGUGUAACUACUCCUAGGACCCGUACUCAGCAAAGUGGUAAUGGCUAUUACGAUACCCAUACCUCUGUGGACGAUCAGGGAAACCGAAUUUGGAGAUUUUUUGUGCCAUGUUACGGUUGUGCGAUACAUUCUUAUUACGUUGUUAUGACAUACAGGUCUAUUAAAUGCCAUACUAUGGGUGCUUUUAAUUUGAAUAGUUCCAGAAAUGAGAUAGAUAACGAAUUGUUCACAGAGUUCGAUAAUGACAACAAGAUAGUCAGAAGACGAGAAAGCGCCAGCGACGUGGACUCUUCUGCAUCUGACGUUCAGUCGACAAAGGGAUCGCAAUCGGGAUAUCCAUCAGGAAGCGGAUAUCCUAGCUCUGAUUCUUCCAAAAAUUCCGAUUCAUUCUCCGCAAGCCAACCAAAAUCCGAAAGCCCAACCAGAUCGUCCGGUUAUCCAAGUAACUCUGGUUAUCCUUCGAACUCCAAUUAUCCAUCCAGUGGUUCAUCAGGUUAUCCUUCAAGAAGUUCGGGAUACCCGUCUGAAUCAGGAAGCUCAUCCGGUUACCCAUCGAGAAGCAGUUCUGGUUAUCCCUCUGAAUCUGGAUAUCCUUCAAGAAGCUCGUCUGGUUAUCCAUCAGGAUCCGGAUAUCCUUCGAGAAGCUCUUCUGGUUACCCUUCGGAGUCUGGUUACCCUUUGAGAAGUUCUUCAGGAUACCCAUCAGGAUCUGGUUACCCUUCGCGUAGUUCGGGCUAUCCAUCAGGAUCGAGCGGUUAUCCUUCUAGUUCCGGAGGAUAUCCAGUGAGCUCCGGUUACCCUAGCAGCUCCAGGACGAACGAAGAAAGUGUUAAAAGAGUAGAUGCCAAUUCGGUGAAUGCCGCGUAUCCUGGAUAUCCUAGUCAAGCUAGUCGAAGCAAUUCUGGAUAUCCUUCACAGUCAGGAUAUCCUUCACAGUCAGGAUAUCCUUCACAAUCUGGAUACCCAUCACAGUCUGGAUAUCCUAGCCAGUCUAACUCAUAUGGUAACUACUAUCCUGGAUAUAAUCAAGGUUACCCACAGGCAUAUCCAUCUCAAGGAAACUAUCCUCAAGGGUACCCACAAGGAUAUCAGCAAGGUUAUCCACAAGGAUAUUCGCAAGGAUAUCAGCCUCCUCCUCCUCCUGCCAGUAAGAAGCCUAACUUUGGAGACCAGUUAACUAAUAUAGCUAAAGAUCUUGCUGGAAGAGUUCUAACUCAAGCGAUUAUAGAUAAAGUUAGUGGAAGAUCGCAUUAGUGUUUUAGAAGAUCUUAUAAAUUCUUAAGAUAUUAUUAUAUAUACGAUUAAUUAUGCUUUCUUCGAGAUAAUCAUUGCUUAUAGCGAUAUUACUCCAUGUUAAAUAGAAUUACUGACAAAUUGUAGAAAUAAAUUCUUCAGUAAGAUUUAUGAUUUACUGAUUAUAUCAUUGCA